GAUAUUGAGAUAAUUUUACGCCUGGACGCUACGUAAACAGUAUCUUUAUUGUGUAUGUCUCCUAAAAUUGUUUAUCUUUCAAUCAAACUAUGUUUUAUUUAUAUUUUAUGUUGUCUGCAAUGAGGAUGUUAUAAGGAGUGUUUUGAUUUACAUCGUUGAUAAUGAGCUUGACGUGAUUGGAAUUUUAUAGCAUUCGGAGCACUCAUUUUCUCGGAAAAGCGAUAUUAUUGGGCCAUUUUUCUGGUUGAUAGUGUUAAUUAAGCGAUAAAAUUAUGAUCAAGUGCCCACCAUUGUGAUUAGACGUGUACACAUUCAAUAAUUGAGGUCCACAUAGCUGCGGACUUGAUAAAAACCUAACAUGUAAUGGACUAUUUUAUAAAAAAAAUAUGCUUAUUUAAAAUAAUAAUACCCAUCAUUCAUAAAACUCACUGAAAUUUUUCGCUAGGAUCCUAACAAGUGGAAACUUUUACUGAAAUGUAUUAAGUUUUGUUAUUGUUUUGUAAGCAACAACACGUUAUGACAACAUAAAACGGACGUAGUUGUAAGUGCUAGUUGAAUAGUGUGAGGACGGUCUGAAGGGGGCUCAAAGAGCGGACAGCCGCGUGAACAGACAGGCGGAUGCCAAUGCGGUUCCAGUAUAAAACUCUGGUGGGUGUCCUUGCCAAGGCGCCGGAGGGGCGGGUGGACUUCGAGUGUCAGGAACUGACCCCAUGGUUCCGGAAUAAAUCAUCUCUUUUCAAAGAUGUAAAAGAUGAGAUCGUCGCCGACGUCAUACGUCACUGCGAGUUUGAACGACGUCACAAGAAUGACGUCCUCAUUAAGCAAGGCGAGAGCGGAGACAAAUUGUACAUUAUCCUGAAAGGGCAGGUCUCCAUAUACGUCAUCACCGACCAGAAAGACACCCCCCGGGAUGUGUUGGCUCAAGUUGAUGCAGUGUGUAGCAAACACGACUUGGAGAGGGAAAACUUGGGACAGUAUGUGUGGUCCGCCGGUGAGGGUAAAUCAUUCGGCGAGGUCGCGCUGCUCAAAGAGGACUGUAUUCGGACAGCUACGGUUGUCGCGGACAACGAAACGGACUUGGUGGUGAUUGACCGGGCACUCUACAACAGGAGUGUCCGCGAUGUCCUGGAGAGAGAAUACACACAGAAAAACGAAUUUGUAGACACAAACCUGUUGUUUAAGAACUGGCCGGCUCGACAGAAAAAAUUGCUGGUUGUGGCGCUUAAGAAGGAGACAGCAAAAUAUGGCAGCCAAGUGAUCCGCCAGGGGGGGCCUGCUGAUCAUAUGUAUUUUCUGCUUAGUGGGGAGAUCGAGAUCACGUGUGACCAGAGCCAGUUCAAGGGCCAGUUUGAAGAACAAUGGCGCGAUAUGGAGACAUUACUCCCAGGCCUGUUGCCAAGGGGCCAUAAUCACACGGAGACGCCAUUGGAAGCAUUGAAAAGAAAGAAAUCUCAUCAUAAACUUAUACAGAUGUGUCUACUAGGAACUAAUGAAAUCAUAGGUGCAAUAGAUAUUUUGCUCGGCUUGCCAACGUACUUAGACAACGCCAUGGUAACGCGUGAGGCGGAAGUUCUUGUCUUGUCACGUGAGAACUACUCGCGACUCUUCACAAAGAAAGCUGCGCAGGCAACAGUUGCCACAUUACGAGAGCGACUCACAAUGAGGCUGUAUUUGUACAUACAUCGGAGCGAAGGGCUCGUUCCACCAGUACAGUCACCGUUUCUAAAAUACCUGACGUUUCUGCUUCACGACGAGAACGCCGUGAUGGAGCUGCGGCGCAUGAAACGGAAGGAGAUAGAGGAGAAGAGAGGCCUACGACACGCGAGAGAUGAAGAAGACACGCACAUGAGCUCGAAGGAAGCCGAGAGAAUGUCCGGCAUGCUCAAGAUGCUAGAUAUUAAGCCAGGAGACCGUCAAAACAAACGCCUGCCGUCCAUGGAGAGUUCACAGCGCGUUAUCAAUGAAAUCGAUGCUGGGCUUAAGGGUUGGGUGGAGCGUAGCCGCGGAGACUCGCCGCACUUGGAGCGACGGGAUGGGGAGGCUGAUGGCGUCAGGAAACGUCAUAUGACCUUCCACGGCCCUCUGUUCAUUAGAAGUAAAACGGAUUUCUUACGCCCAAAUAUCAGAAACACGAAACAUCUAAGUCGGUCAAAAACACCUACAGAUCCUUACUAGAGCGUUACCCUCGGGACGGGUUACCCCACCCACAGACAGGGUCACUCCUAACUCGGGUUAGAGAUACUUCACAACUGGACAGUCGCGUUCUCUAACAUUUGUGAUCACUACAGCAAUAUUCCGUCCAUUUGUGGAGAAAUGAAAAAUAAUGUUUUUGUAUUUAUCCAGUCACUAUUGCACUGGACAUAUUAUAUUGUUUUAUAUUUUUUGUUUCAUAACGACAAUUUAAUUCGUAUGAUGGACUGAGCGAGAGUUGCGUGGCUUUCUGAUUGGUGUGUUGUUACUUACCACCGUCCAAUAGAAACACGGGAUACUGUUUGUGAAACUAUGAAAAAACUCGAUUUUGAUAUGCGAAUGGAGUUGCCGUUCAUGACCUUCUUGUCUUAACUAUUUUUAUUUCAUGAAAUGAAAUUGAAAUAAUUGAGUUCGAUAAUAUUUAUACUUGUUUUUACAAUGAUCUGGGGGCUUAAGGCGUGCACACAUUAGUUGAAAACUAAUCACCCAGACUUUGGUCGUAUGAUUUCUAUAAAACUAUUCGCUUCAUAUCAUUCCAUGAAUAAAAUUCCUCAAUGAUUUAGGUAAUCUUUAUGGCAAUUUAAAGUUCAGUACCAUUGAAAUAAUUGUAUAAUUGUGACAUUAAAUGUUUAAGAUUGAUAUUGAAAAUGCACUUGAGUAUGUUACCUUAUGUUAAAUUAUUUGAAAUAUUUCACACUCAUUUUUGAAAAAUUGCUGUACAAAAUAUUUUUAUUUAUAUUUUUUUUAGAAUUUUGACCUUUGAAAUUAUUACUUUACAAUUAUUGUUAUUUCCUUACAACAGUUGUGUAUCAAUUUAUUAUCUAAUAAAAAUCUACAUACCACAAUUUGUAGUUAAAUAUUAUCAUGAAAUUAUAUGACUUUUUUCAAAUGUUUAAAAUAUGUCAGCAUGCAUAUCAUCUUAAUAAA